AUGGCCGUGGGCCCUGCCCUGUGGCUGGGCCCUGUGCUCCUGGUUUCCCUCUGGGGGUCCUCAGCUCCAGCUUCCCUUCUUAGGCGCCUCGGUGCACACGUUCGGCGAGUUCAGGAGAGCUCUGUCCUGAGACUAAGCCUGGACCCAGGGACCACGACCCUCCCUAAAGAGGGGUGGCUGGAGCAGCCGCUGGACCCCUUCAACGCAUCCGACAGGCGGUCCUUCCUACAGCGGUACUGGAUAAACGACCAGCACUGGGCCAGCCAGGAUGGACCCAUAUUCCUGCAUCUUGGGGGCGAGGGCAGCCUUGGGCCGGGCUCAGUGAUGAGAGGGCACCCUGCAGCCCUAGCCCCAGCCUUGGGGGCCCUGGUGAUAGGCCUGGAACACAGAUUUUAUGGUCUGAGUAUACCUGCUGGGGGCCUGAGCAUGACCCAACUCCGAUUCUUGUCCAGCCGCCAUGCGCUGGCCGACGUGGCCUCCGCCCGCCUCGCGCUCUCCCGCCUCCUCAACGUCUCCGCCUCCAGCCCCUGGGUCUGCUUCGGAGGCUCCUACGCCGGCUCCCUGGCCGCCUGGGCGCGGCUGAAGUUCCCGCAUCUCCUCUUCGCCGCGGUCGCCUCCUCGGCCCCGGUGCGGGCCGUGCUGGAUUUCUCCGCGUACAACGAGGUGGUGUCCAGGAGCCUCACGAGCGCGGCCAUCGGCGGGUCCCCGGAAUGUCACGCUGCGGUGUCCACCGCCUUCGCGGAGGUGGGGCGCCGGCUGCGCGCCGGAGGGGCGGCUCGGAAGGCACUGAGGGCGGAGCUGGGAGCUUGCACGCCCCUGGGCCGCCCAGAAGACCGGGAGGAACUGCUGGAGGCUCUACAGGCUCUGGUGGGAGGUGCGGUGCAGUAUGACGGGCAGACGGGGGCGCCGCUGAGCGUGCGACAGCUCUGUGGACUCCUCCUCGAGGGCAAGGGCAACGGCAGCCACCUGGCGCCGUACCGCGGGCUGCGUCGGGCCGUGCAGGUUGUCCUACACAGCCUGGGCCAGAGGUGUUUAAGCGUUUCCCGAGCAGAGACCUUGGCCCAGCUGAGGGUCACAGAACCCCAAGUGUCCCGCGUGGGUGACCGCCAGUGGUUGUACCAGACGUGUACUGAGUUUGGCUUCUAUGUCACCUGUCAAGGUCCUAGAUGCCCUUUCUCCCAGCUCCCAGCACUGCCCUCCCAGCUAGAGCUGUGUGAGAAGGUGUUCGGGCUUUCAACCUCAUCCAUGGUCCAGGCUGUGACCCAGACCAACUCCUACUAUGGUGGCCAGACACCAGGGGCCACCCAGGUGCUGUUCGUUAAUGGGGAUGCAGACCCCUGGCAUGUGCUCAGUGUAACACAGGACUUGGGACCCUCAGUGUCAGCCCUCCUCAUCCCUAGUGCCUCUCACUGCUCGGACAUGGCACCUGAGAGGCCCUCAGACACCCCCAGCCUCCGCCAAGGGCGCCAGAGCAUCUUUCAGCAGCUGCAGACUUGGCUCAGGCUGGCCAAAAGGAGCCCUCUUAGGGGUGGGCUCUGAGUCCCACACCCUCACGAUUCCCUGCCUGGCCCUCCCGGACCAGGACAUAUUUGUUCACUGGACAGAAGAAAGCAGCUGGCUUAGAAAGAGGAAUUCCCAGGAGUUGGGAUUCAGCCCCUGUUCUGCAUGUAACUGACUUGUGUCUGCAACCACCCUCACUCCCAA